CUGUGAUCAGUGACGUGUGACUGUUAAAUCUAAAAAUAAAAUUAUUGCAAUCGAAUGAAUGUGUUUGGCGUAGAUGUUUCACAGCUGUUAGGCACAUUUUGUACUGAUUUCUUUUUGGUACUGUGUUGUUGAGGUUUUUAGUUGAAUUCUGCUGUUUUUGGCUGACUAUUUUGUGAUGUCAUCAGAUGUAAUAGGACUUCAGGAGGAAGUCACAGUCAGUACUGGGGGUGCUUUUGCCACUUCUGGCUUGGAAAAUGGAUUCAGUGAAAAACUUGACAUGAGCGAUGGAGAAGGGGGAAGUAAACAAGCCUGUUAUGAAAUGAACAGUGAUAAAGAUAGUCAGUGUGACAGCAUCAGUGAAGAUGGAAGCUACACAUUAACAGCAGAUAACAAACCCACCGAGGACAGCGUCUUAGAGCAGGGGACAUACCGGAAAAUCAGUCAACCCACCAUUCCUAUCGAUGUAGUGGAUGCAGGCGGUGAUGAUGUUCAAGGGAUGUGUGAUGAUAGCGACAGUGAAAUUGGGAGUUACCAUGUCAAUGAGAACACAGAUGAGGAGGAUGGUGUCCAAAUAUCUGAUGCAAGUGAUGCCGAGUAUGAUAUGAGUAGUGGGGAGGAGAGUGAUAUAGAAGACAAUAUGGAUGAUGUUGAACUUUUACGACUGAAAUACCUCAAAAGACAACAGAACCCUGUUCUUCCAAAGACUGUGACUGUAUUGGAAACUGAAGAGGGCGCUAAAGUGUAUCUGAUAGGAACAGCUCAUUUUAGCAUGGAGAGUCAGGAUGAUGUUGCCAAGACUAUAGAAGCAGUUCAACCGGAUUUAGUUAUGGUGGAGCUGUGCAAGAGUCGGCUUAGCAUCAUGCAAUUAGAUGAAGAAACAUUGCUGGAAGAGGCCAAGAAUAUUAAUAUGGAUAAAUUAAGAUUAUCAAUACGACAGAGUGGUCUUGUAAGUGGGGUUAUGCAGGUGCUUCUAUUGAGUCUGUCUGCACACCUGACAAAGGAGCUUGGAAUGGCACCUGGUGGAGAAUUCCGCAGAGCUUUCAGAGAGGCCCAGCGAGUUCCUGGAUGUAAAAUAAGCCUUGGAGACAGACCGAUACAGAUCACCUUGAACAGAGCCAUGGCUGAGCUGUCGGUAUGGCAAAAGAUGAGGCUAGCUUGGUAUAUGAUAACCUCUAAAGAUCCCAUUACGAAAGAAGAUGUUGAAAAAUGUAAACAAAAGGAUCUUUUGGAGGAAAUGCUGGAAGAGAUGACUGGUGAAUUUCCUGCUCUUAGUCGCGUUUUUGUGACGGAACGUGACAUGUUCUUGGCAAACUCCCUGCAAAUGUGCACGCAACCUCUGUACUCGGAACAUAAGAAUGCGUUUGUUGCACCUGUUGUCGUAGGUGUUGUUGGCAUAGGGCAUACACCUGGUAUAGUAGAAAACUGGAAUAAGCCACCAAGUACUAAUCAACUUCAGGAGAUAAUGAAGGUUCCAGGGCGAUCGUUAUUGGGUCAUGUGUUACGCUUGUCAAUUCGUGCCUCUGUGUUAGGGACAAUCAUGUUUGGGUUUUACCGCUGCUAUCGAUGGUGCGGUGGACCACAUAUAACAUCCUUCAUACCAUUAUGGUAAUUUUUUAUACACCAAUGUGUUAAGCAUUUCAUACCAAUAUUGUAAGCAUUUAUACCAAUAUGGCAAACCUCUCUCUCGUGCACUGUACUAACACUCAUUCCUAUUGAUGUACAGUAGAACCUCGUUUUUACGUACCUCAGUUAAUCAAACCCUAAGUUUUAAUUACACUUUGUACGGAUGAUGACGUAAGAAACAAAAAAAUAUUAAAAAACAGACAGCCCUUUCAGGCAAUCAUGCAAGAAGAGAUUUGUUAUUUUAUUUCAAUACAGUAACAAUAAACAAACCAUCGUAUAUCAUGUAGGCCUAGGUAACAUUCUCAGUUCAUAACAUAUGUUUAUUGAGUGUUGCAUACAUACUAGGUCAAAGGGCACCACAAAUUUAACCCAAACCUUGAUUUAAUGAAUCCUUGUGUUUACGUACGUAAAAAUGAAGUUCUGUGUAAUUGCCUGAUUUGUGUUGAUGUAGUAAGCCCUUCAUAUACCAAUGUGAAAAUAAUUCAUAUUACACCAAUGAAAACCAAAAGUACACUCCUUUUAUACCAUAGUGGUUACGCAAAAUAAAUGUAAAAUUUGACAGAACACAGGCAAAAUUCUCUUAUGAAGAAAGCACUAAUAAUAAUAAUAAGUAAUAGAAUUUCAGGAAUCAUUUUAUAAAUUUUAUAAAAUUGAUAUUGGUUUCCUGCACAGGUUAGCACACUGUAAUUAAAAUAACAUAUUUACUUUUAAUGUGUAUAUAACAUUUUGAAUUAAGUUAAAUAAUGGAUUUUAGGAAGUAAAUAAUAUUAUAUAAAAUUUGGGAAUGAAGAUUUCCUGUUAAUAAGAUGGGCAAUAGUAGGGUAGUGUGUAUUUAGAAGACGAGAUAUGGUGCUCACAUUUGCACAAAUGUCUUAGUUCUGAAGAAGAAUAAACUGUUGAUGUUUGUUUUGUUUCACUGUAUAGUAACUUACUUUACAAAAGGGAGUAUGUAUGUGAUAGUUGUCAGGAAUAUAAACCAUUUUUUAAAAAUUUAUCUUGACAAAACUUUGAGGCUCUUAUGCUAUGAUCUAAUAAGAAAUUAGCAUACAGUACUCCUAUUCCAUAUACACAUGCCUGGGGUGGCACCAGUAUAGGCAACUGGGCCCCCGUUGGGGAGAAAAACAAUAUACAGUUCGCACUACAUUCAAGACCACCUUUGGGACCUGCAAAUUUGAGGUGGUCUCAGGGUAGGGCUACCUUUAUGUUAAAAGGUUGAAAAUUGUUAUUUGGGUCUUUGGAAAAGGGGUCUUGAUUUGGAGGGUGCACUGUAUAUGUAUUUUCUAUAUAUUUGAAAGUUCGACCACGGCCACUGCUCUCGUUGGGGACCUCGGUGCCACCCCUGACACAUGCAUUAGAAUACCUGGUAUGUGGUGGUGUUGUUACUGUAGUUGUUUAUAAAUUCUUUACAUUUUUAUAAGAUUGUAUACAUUCAUAAUAUAUUUAAUUUCAUCCAUUGUUUGGUAUUUAAAUUAAAAUAGGGCAAACAUCAAUUUCUAAUUGUUGUUUUCUUUAGUUGUUGAAGUGUUUAUACAGUUCAUCCUCCAAAUUGAGACCACUUUGGGAACUAAAAAUUUAGGGUGGUCUAGGGGUUCGGUCUCCAAUUUUUGUCUUGAAUUUGAGGAUUCUCAGGGUUAGAGGGGUCUCAAAUUUGAGGGUGUACAGUACUGUAUUAUGCAUCAUCUACCGAGUGAUCCUUUGCAAUGCCUUGUUAUACCGUUGGUAAAAGAGUGACAAAAGAGAGUGGUAGGCCUGGUGUGGCCCUUAACUCUGUUUUACAUUGGUUUACAGAGCAUUCCAUCCAAGCAUUAAUAAAAUGUUUAUGCUAAUUUUGACACAUAUUUCUUUUCCAAUUUAUAUCUAUGACCCCUAGUACUUGAAAUCUCACAUCUUUGAAAAAAUGAGAUAUGCAAGUAGGGGUUGUAUUCUAAUAUCUUAAUUGUCCAUUUGUAAACAAAUUUCAUUUCACUGUAUAAACAUCAGAUUUAUCUAUUAGUAUUUGACUGUUUGGUUCACAAACUAGACAAAAAA